AUGGCCGAUGCUUCAGGCACUGAGGAUGCCACUGUCACCUUCCAUGUCAAGUCGUCUGGCGGCCAGAAGUACACAUUGACCCUGCCUCUUUCAACAACGACAAUCGAUCUGAAGAAUAAGCUUGCGUCCGAGGAAUAUGCCAAUGUUCCUGCGUCGGCCCAGCGGUUGAUUUACAGCGGCAAGGUAUUGAAAGAUAAUGAAACACUCGCCCAGCACAAUGUGAAGGAAGGGAACACUAUGCAUCUUGUCAAGAGCGCCGCAAGCAAUCAACGACAGAAUCCGGCGGCGCAAUCAUCUACUUCCACCUCCUCGCCUGGCGCAGCACCACAAGUUGCCGGCGUGCCUCAGAAUUUGGCGUCCGGCACCGGAAAUGACCCCUUGGCCGGGCUGACUGGCGCAAGAUAUGCCGGCUUUGCACAGCUCCCGAAUGCCAGUAUGUUCCAGACCCCUCAAAGUCCGGAUGACUUUGUGCGGCAGUUGGAAGAUCCAAACUUCCAGCAGAUGAUGAGAGAAGCGAUGAACAACCCUCAAAUUGUAGACAUGAUGAUCAACCAGAGCCCCCAACUGAGAGCAAUGGGUCCGCAAGCAAGACAGCUACUGCAAUCCGACUAUUUUCGCCGCGUCAUGACAGAUCCCCAGGCAAUUCGAUCGGUCAUUCAAAUGCAGUCAGCAAUGGGAAUGGGACCAUUUGGUGGUGGCGGUCAGGAGGCUUUUCCGGCACCUGGCGUUGUCAAUACGACGGACACGCCGAAUGCUGGAGGUGAUGCGAACACUCAAGCCGGACAACAGCAACAGCAACCUCCGCCAAACCCCUUCGCUGCCUUGGGAGGAGGCGGCGGUCUUGGAGCGAAUCCUUUUGGAAGUCUUUUCAUGCCACCCUUUCCAAUGCCCAACCAGGCGACGACGAGCCCGGGAUCACAGAAUAAUACCGCUGCUCAAAAUGAUGGGGCCGAUUCAGCUACGCAAGGUCAGCAGCAACAACAGCCACCGAAUCCGUUUGCCGCCUUGUUCAAUCCUGCAAUGUUUGGGCAACCACAAGCAGGUGCUGGUGCCGGCACAGGCGCACCACCUCCGGUGAAUCCUUUCGCACCUCAGAACAACCCGUUCUUGCAGAAUCCGGAGGCGAUGGCUCAGUUUAUGCAAGCCAUGGGCGGCAUGGGAGGAGGUCUGGGUGGCGGUGCGGGUAAUAUGGGUGGCGCGGGUACUGAAGGGGCCAACUAUGGGGGUUUGUUCGAUCUGCUGGGAGCUGCGCGGCCAACUUCGCCACCCGACAAUCGACCACCGGAAGAACGAUAUGCGACUCAAUUGCAGCAACUCAAUGAUAUGGGCUUCUACGACUUUGACCGCAACAUCCAGGCACUGCGGAGGACCGGUGGCAGCGUCAACGGAGCCAUAGAGUAUCUGCUCAGCAAUCCGUGA